UUGUGGGGAAGAAAGUCGUUGCCAUUCGACCUCUGCGGGGCCUGCGCGGACGCAGCGAGAACCCUGAAAUUCAUUAUGCGUUUAAAACCUUUAUUUAUUUCCGCAUAACCUACAUUCUCUCACCGGGAGGGCCAAAGCGGAGAAACGCAACGACGACGGUCCAUCUCUUCCGGAAAAUAUAUCGUUUAUAAAUAUAUUAUUUUUGUCGGAAGGGAAUACUGUUGAGAAAGUGAAGAUUGUAAUAUAUUUUUAAAAAAAAUGUCCGGUGAGAGAAACCGCAGGUCGCUGGCUUUCCGAGGAGGUGGAUUAGCUGGGUUAACGGGUUCCAGCGGUAUCGGUGGGGGGAACUGUAACAGCUGGGAGGCCCCGGCCUGUCAAGACCGACAUUUUAACGGGAACAGGCCGGAUCAAGAGGAGGACAGCGAUCUGGGGGCGAAAGGAUCAUCGCAGAAGAGAGUGGAGGGCGCGGGGUCUGUCAGCGAUAGCACGGAACCCGAGGCGGAGGAAGAAGAGGACCCGGAAGAGGGCAGCUCGGCAGCCGGGGAAUGCGACGGAGACGACCGUGUCGGCUCGGUGGAAGGGGAGGACGGGUCCAGGGAGAGGAAUAGCCUGACGGAGGGAAACGGUCCCGACAACGCCGACAGCCAAGAGUCGGGAAGCGGAGCGACUGGGGGCGAGUCGGGAUCCAGGAAAUCGGGGGUCGAGAUGAGACCGCAAACGUUGCUUCAGAAACACUCGUUAUUCCACGCGAAGUGGUUGCAAGAGUUUCCUUGGCUCAAAUUUGGCCAGGAGACGGGACUCAUGUCCUGCUCUUGGUGUCACAACAUUGCCACUAAAAACAGCGACGAGCUUGUCAAAGGCAGUCGCAACUACAAGCGGGCCUUGCUGCUGAGACAUCACCUGUCUGCGGAGCACGGGAGGAACGACCCCUCCAAACAGGAGACAAUGAGGCCCUCGGACAAUGGCAGCCCCUCCACUAACUGCUCAGAGGAAGACUACCGCAACAAGUCCAAUGAGAACUCCUACUGUUACCAGCUUCUCCAGGAGCUGGACAAGCAACGCAAAAGUGGCAUCCUCUGUGACGUCAACAUAGUCGUCUCGAACCGGGUGUUCCGCGCACACAAGAACAUCCUGGUGGCGGGCAGCCGCUACUUCAAAACCCUCUACUGUCUGACCAAGGGCGAGGCUCAGGACCAGGCUACGGUCACACACCUGGAUGUUGCUGCUGUGCAGGGCUUCUCCGUUAUCCUCGACUUUCUCUACUCUGGGAAUCUGCUGCUCACAAGCCAAAAUGCCAUUGAGGUGAUGUCUGUUGCUAGUUACCUCCAGAUGACAGAGGUUGUACAUUCAUGUAGGGCUUUUAUAAAGAAUGCCCUGAAUAUCAGCAUCAAGCAAGAGGCUCCUGAUUCAGUGGUGGUGGACUACAACAAGAGGCAGAUGGUGUCCAAAGAGGGACAGAGAGGGCUGGACCGGAAACCAAGCAACUUCUGGGCCACAAGCAUCCUGUCAAAGCUGUCGAUCAAGGCCAGCAGCAACAAUCAAGGAAAGGAAGCAAUGGAUGAAGAAGACGAAGGUGGCAGGGUGAAGGAUGAGACCAGUGAUAUAGAGGUGACAAUGGUUGGUGAGGGCUGUGCCCUGGUGACCCCCGGAGCCUCUGGUAACUGGACCCACCACAACGACAACUCGUCUGAUUCAGGAGAGACCAAUGAAACGCGGUCGGCGAGUGGCCAGGUGCAGGUGUUCGUCUGGAACAAGCCAGCCAAAGGUGGCGCUGCAGCAGCACCCGCAGCCAUAAAACGAGAAGCACCAGAUGCUGCGGCAGGAAGCGGACGGAGGAAAAAACAGACCACCACGCGGCGUUUUGUGUACAACUUUCCACCAGAGCCCGAGGAGGGAUUUGACGAGGGGAUGUUCAUCCAGCCCGCUGCCUCCUACCCCAGAGAGGACUUCUCCUCCCUCUCCGAAAAUGCUGAGCUGGCCAAUCAGAUCCAGUAUAGCAUCAUCCAGGACUUACAGCAAGGGGAGUCCUGGGAGAAUGGCGAGUCCUCACACCUAGCCCUCAAUAAGCUCAAGUGCCCGCACUGUAACUACAUCGCCAAGCACCGGCGCACGCUCAAGAGGCACCUGAUCAUCCACUCGGGCGUGCGCUCCUUCAGCUGCGACAUCUGUGGCAAGCUGUUCACCCGCCGCGAGCACGUAAAGAGACAUUCCCUGGUGCACAAGAAGGACAAAAAGUACAAGUGCAUGGUGUGCAAGAAGAUCUUCAUGCUUGCAGCCAGCGUCGGCAUCCGUCACGGCUCGCGGCGCUACGGUGUGUGUGCGGACUGCGCUGACUCGCACCAGGCAACUCAGGAGGGCCUGGAGGGCAUGGAGUUUCCUCGAGACGAAGACUUCGAAGGCGAGGAAGGGGAAGACCUGGAUGGGGAGGAGCCAACCGACAACGACCAAUCAAAUUGGGGUGAGGGCAACACUGGUGCUGCCCCGGAAGAGGACUAAGAAUUUUAACAAGCUUGAGAAACAAAACAAAAAAAAGUUGAUGUUUAAUAUAUUAUGUAUACAAAAACUAGCUGGUAAACAAUCAACUCCAAAGUGCUAUCAAACCUUGAGGUUACUUAAUUGUGCAAGUAUAUGACAAAGAGACGGAUUUAAAAUUUAAAAAAAGCUUUCGUAGUGGGAACUCCAAGAUGUACAGAUUUUAUUAUUGUUAAAUGUGUCCAACUCUGGGCCCAGAGCCCAUGCAAGAACGAUUCUAUCGACGAAUAAUAUGAUAAAUCAGGUUUUUGGUGAUGUAUUUUUGUUUCCUGUUUUUCGGGGGGCGGGGGGAUUUGGGCAGGGUGAUGAUGUAGUUUUGAGUUGGGGUAGGCCAAUCAUCUAAAAACAGCAAAAUGUUAAUUAUUUAAUUUAUGAAGAGAGGUUAUUAUGGUCUUAUCAAUAAUUUUUUGUUUUUGUUGUUUUUGUCUGCAAGCAGAAGCACAGAAAUGGCUGUUGCUUUCUGCACAAUCUGAAAGUAUAUUGCUUUGUGCUUGUAGAAGUACACAGAAGAGCAUUAUUGUCCACAGGAAGAUUUUUAACUUGCUCUGUAGAGUUUAGAUGCGCUAAAUAUUAUUAUAUUCUUUUCAAAUUUUCUUUCUUUCCCUGUACAAAUCUUGGAACCAAAAAAAUCUGUUUUGCGACUCUAAUGUAUCACAGCCAUAUUUAUGAUUAAUUUAAGAGGGCUGUGGUAUUGUGCCAAACAGACCGCACACCAAGAUUUAGCAGGAAGCAAAAACUACUGAAUACGCUUAGAAAAAAUAUAAAAGAGACGUGAGGUUUUUUUGUUAAGCGGGAAAAAAGAUGACAAAAAAAAAA